AAAAAGCAAAAACAGUUGGGGAAAGAUAAGAAAAUGUUUCUUCUACUGCAGCAGCUCCCUGAACAGUCGGGCUCUAAAACUGCUUAGGUUUCAUUAACUGAAAUAAGCUUUGGGAGGAGGGGUUGCCUGUGAUUUAUCAACGUCACAAACAUUUCCUGAUAGGAACCAGGAAAACAGGGAGCAAUGUGGGGUCCCAGGGAGCACGGGGAACAGGCGGGGCUCACAUCUCCCAGGGAGCGGGAGACGCCAUGUCAAUCAGGAGGAGUUGGGGCAGGGCCACCCUGCUGGAGACCGGACAAGGCCACUGUCUUCCAGCUAGACUCUGUGAUUCUACAAAUCUGGGGAGGUUGGUGCAGCAGAAAACCGAUGAGAUAUACCGAAACGUUCCCAAGGUUAUUCCGGAAUGGGGGGAGAGGGAGUGUAAGAUUAUGGGGCAUAUUUUUUUCUUGUAUUUGCAUAUUUUAUAAUGAGCCUAUAUUACUAUUGUAAUCAGGAAAGAUACAUGGUAAAAAGGAAAGAGAGAAAGAGAGUGUGGGGUCAGUGGUCCAGGACUCAGUCAGUGGUCAGGGUUAGAGUCAGCUCUGCUAGCUUGCAGCGUACCCCCCCUCCUCACCCCUGCUUCUUGUGAAACCAGGGAGGUGACCCCGUGCAGCCUCUUCACAAAGGAGCAGGAAGACUUUCGAGGAUUGGAAUAUAAGAGCCUCAGGAGGUACUGAGCCCCAGCGCAUUGGACAUGAUGUUUCUGCUCUGGAGCACACAACAAGAUGGAACCUAGUCUUGCUUCAUGACAGACUGGCAUCACUGCUUCGUCGCUCCAGGAGGGGAUGUCUCCUCCCAACAUGGCCACCUCCCCUCAGCCACUCACCACCAAGGUCGCCAGUUCCGAGAACAGCAGCGCCUUCUACGACUACGAGUACUACUUGGACCAAGCGGCCUUCAUGCCCUGCAUGAAGGACGAGGUGCUGGCCUUUGCCAAAGUCUUCCUGCCGGUCUUCUACAGCCUGGUCUUUGUGCUGGGCCUGAGCGGGAACCUCCUGCUCCUAGUGGUCUUGCUCCGGUACGUGCCUCGCCGGAGGAUGACUGAGGUCUACCUGCUGAACCUGGCCAUCUCCAACCUCCUGUUUGUGGUGACCCUGCCCUUCUGGAUCACCACCGUGGCCUGGCAUUGGGUCUUCGGGAAUUUCUUGUGCAAGAUGGUGAGCGCUCUCUAUACCAUCAACCUCUACAGUGGCAUCUUCUUCAUUAGCUGCAUGAGCCUGGACAAGUACCUGCAGAUCGUCCACGCUCAGCCCCACCACGGGCUGAGGACCCGGGCCAAGCGCUGGCUCCUGGCUGUCAUCGUGUGGGCGGUGGCCUUGGCUGUCUCCAUCCCUGACAUGGUCUUUGUGCGGAUCCAUGAAAACCACGAGGGUGUGUGGAACUGCCAUGCGGAUUUCGGGGGGCAUGGGACCGUCUGGAAGCUCGUACUCCGCUUCCAGCAGAACAUCCUGGGGUUUAUCCUUCCACUCUUCGCCAUGAUCUUCUUCUACUCCCGAAUCGGCUCCGCCCUGGUCAGGCUGAGGCCCCCAGGCCAGGGCCGGGCUCUAAAGGUAACCGUCUCCCUCGUGGUGGCCUUCUUUGUGCUGUGGUUCCCGUACAACCUCAUCCUGUUCCUGCACUCGCUCAUGGACCUGAGAGUCUUUGGGGACUGCGAAACCAGCAACUACCUGGAUUAUGCGCUGCAGGUCACAGAGAGCAUCGCCUUCCUUCACUGCUGCUUCACACCCAUCCUCUACGCCUUCUCCAUCCGCUGCUUCUGCCAGUACCUAAAGGCUUUCUUGGCCGAGUUGUUUGGACGGCGCCAGGGACCAUGCCCUGCCCAGGCCCCACUGUCCAGCUGUUGUGAGAGUAGCGGCCUCACUGUCCAAGAAGAAAUGACCAGCAUGAAUGACCUUGAGGAGGGGCAGGCUGAGGACUCCCCCAACAAGGGGGCUGUCGGGGGAAAUAAAGCCUCAGCGGCCACGCCACAGUCCGGUGAGAGCGGAGGGGACCCAGCUCAGCUGGGCAUCCACCCAGCGUCUUCUCUCCAAGGGCCCCCGUGACCACGCUGCUCAGCCCAGAGCUCAGUUCUCAACCCUCAGCAGCACCCGCUCACUCCUUCCAGGACAUCAUACUCCCUGAUCUGCUGCAGUGGUUGCCCAACUGACCUCGGUCUGCACCCGGCAGCCAGAGUGAUUGCAACACCUUCGGCCUUCACUGCCAUCUCCCUCCCAGAAGCCUGCGGCCUCCCACUCACCAGGCCGCUCCUGGCCCUCUCAUUCAGCUGGGGAAAUCCCGGUGGUGUUUUGUUUAAUGCUGCAGCCUUGGUGGUGGCUCCGGAGCCUGGCAAUCCGGAGAUGCAGCACCUGGGGACCUGCCUACAGGGAAAGGCAGGCGCCGCUCAAUCCAGGAGCAAGGCUGCCCCCCCCCCACCCUGGGAAGUGUGGCGAGGGCAUUCACGGCAGUUACUACCUAGGAAAACACCUCUUUUCUUCCCGGGGUGCCUGGAAUUCCACCAGUGGCACAUCAUCCCCCACUGGCUUUGUUAUAAGCUUUCCUCACAGAAUACACAUCGCGGGCUUUUCUCUGAGGGAGAGAAAAACUGGUGCAGAAAUGAGAGCUGCUGGGUCAGGACAGGUCUCAGUCUUCCUACUGCCUCAAGCCUCUGCAAGGCAAGUGGGGGGGGGGGUGGCCCUUGGAGAGGGUGUCUCCAGCAGUCCCCAUGGGGGGGGUGGGGGGGGGCAGCCAGCAGUGGGCAUUGGCCUGUAAGUGCACUCUCUAAUUCUGGGAACUCACGGCUUCCUGGGAGGCCUGUUGUUACAUGGACAUCCUUUGCUGGGGGAUGGGAGUCUUGUAUUUACUUCAUACCUGACCACCGAGGCUUCCCUCGGUCCCAGCCUACCCUCAGACAGGUCACAGGAUCCAUGAAGUUCGCUCUCAAUUGAGACUCUUGGCCCUGACUCAGUGGACUGUAGCCUCAGCCCUUCCCCAGCCUGUCCACAGGCCAGGCUCCUGGCCUGUGGUCCUUUGGGGAGGGGCGGGCAGAAGAUGGGAUGCAGCAUCCAGGUCUGGGCAGGGACAAGGAGGUAUGUGAAGGCCCUGCCACUUUGCUCCAUUCCGCACCUGCUCUGGCACCAGGCCUGGCUAUGUGGGCAGGUUGUUGGGGAGCUCCCUCCCCAUGGUCAGCCCCCAGCCUCCCAGCCCCGUCCACCCUCUCCUGUGCUCCCUACUAACACUGUAUGCUGCUGGCCCCUCAUGGAACAGGAUGGAACCAGUCAAAGCUCGGUCAGGCUCCAGGUAGGUCAUCAUUUGGGGCAGCUAGACCCAGAGAAUGCCAGCCCUGACCCAGAGCUGGUGGGGACAGACUCCUGUUAGUCUAGUGUCUGGGCAAAACUCAGGGCAGAACAGGCACCCUCAACAGGAAGGAAGAGGCCAGUCGGGUGAGGGGGAGGAGUAGCAGAGAGAAGCCCCACUGGGCAGUCCUUGCAGGGGGUCCAUGCUGCUGGGGCCUCCUUCCUCCAGGACCCUACACCAGUUUCCACAAUCACAGCCCCAGCCAGGCCCUGCCAUCAGCCAGCUGCAGCUCUGGCAGCAUCCCCUCCCCGUCUCCCAGCCCUGGUAAGCAUGGCAACAGGAACUGUCUCUAGUUCAUAUGCCAGAAGGCUGAGUGAGGGCACAGAGGGAAGGAAGUGAUUUGAGGAAGUGAAGUACAUUAGCCGAGACUGGAAGUCAGGUGUCUAUAAUUUAAUCCACAGCUGGGGAAUUGGGGGGUCAGAAAUGAGGAACAUGAUACCAAGCCCCAUGGGCUCCAGUGUGGGGAGGGGACAGGAGGAAGAAUCCCGGACAGACAGCAAGGACACAUAACAGAUGUGCUGCGAUGCAAACAGUACUUGGGGAGCCCCAGUAGCUGGAGGCCUGAGGAUGGGAUGGGGCCAGACCUAAGAAGGCUUCCAGGAGCAGCCGGCUCUGGGGUUGGCAGGACAAGCAAGCAGCUGUGCUUUCUAGACCGAGAGAGUUCUACCAGGGAAAGCUGGCGAAGUUGAAUUGCACUGGAUGGACAAUUUGGGGACCAACUGGGGCAAAACUUAAAUAUCAGGUGUGUGACGGGAAUGGGGCACCAGAAAAUAAAAUAGUGACAACUAGAGAUGCUUUUAGAAAAAGGUCUCUGGCAGCAGAGUGAGCAGAGGGCCCGGCAGGCCGGGCGUGGAGAGAAAUGCUUGAAUCACUCCUACACGGAGGCAGCAUUUCUCUACAGGCUGUGCCCUGUCUGGUGGCCACUACCCACGCGAGGCUGUGGAGCACUUGGAAUGGGGCCGGCUUGAACUGAGACGUGCUGGAAGGGUGAAAAGUGCACACCAGAUUUUUGAACAUACAAUAUACCGAUGAUGUUUUAUAGCAGGGCAUUGUACCCCUGAAACCUAUAUAUUUUAUUAACCAAUGUCACCCCAAUAAAUUCAUUUUUUAAAAAAAGCACAUACCAGAAAAAAAAGUACAUACCAGAUAUGGAAGACAAUACCAAAAAAGAAAUCUAAAAGUAUUCUUUAUAUUGAUUACAUGUUGAAAUGCUAAUAUUUUGGAUAUAUGGGGGUAAGUUCAAUAUAUUAUAAAAACAAAUUUUACUUGCCUUUAUUUUUUAUUUAUUUAAAUUCUUUAUUGUUUAAAGUAUUACAUGCGUCUCCUUUUUCCCCCAUUGACCUCUUCCCGGCCGCUCCCACCCCCAGCACAUGCCCUCACCCCCCUACUGUCUGUGUCCAUUGGUUAUGCUCAGAUGCAUACAUACAAGUCCAUUGGUUGAUCUCUCACCCCCUCACCCCCUGCUUCUUUUCUUUAUAAAAUAUAUAUGUCAACUAGGAAAUUAAAAAUUACACAUGUG